AUGGUAGACAAGGGCCAUGCAGGAGAUUCAGGUGGCCUUGUGGUUGAAAAGCGCCAGCCACAUUCAAUUCCACAAGAUUUACCGAUAUAUCGCCCAAAUGGACGAGCCCUCGGCGUUGCAUUCGAUCAUGUCACGGUGACUGGACGUGCCCAAGGUGAUCGAACUGUCCUUGACCUCCCUACUCUGCUCCAGCGGAUUGCGACCACUCCCCUGAAAGUCCUCUAUACCAUCCUAGGCAAUAAGCCCAAGUCUACGCGAAACCUUGUUUACGACGUGUCGGGUGUGGUCUUCCCUGGAGAAACAAUGCUUGUGCUUGGAAGACCUGGAUCAGGAUGUACAACAACACUCAAGGCCAUUUCAAGCCACAUUGAUUCAUUUGAAGGUAUUCAGGGGAGCGUCAACUACGCAUGGAUGACCGGCAAGGAUGUCAAGAAAACCCUCCGAUCUGAGGUGGUUUACAGUUCUGAAGACGAUAUGCACUUCCCUACCCUGCCAGUGAAGGACACCUUGGAUUUUGCUUUGCGACUUCGAAAGCCAACGCACAACCCAAUGUCCGACUUAGAAUUUGCCGAGAAGUACACGAAUCUGCUCUUGAGUUCCUUCGGUAUCCUGCGAACCAAAAACACCAUUGUCGGUGAUUCGUUCAUUCGCGGCGUGUCCGGAGGAGAGCGACGUCGUAUCUCGCUCGCCGAAAUGAUGACGAUAAAUCCAGCCCUUGCCUGUUGGGACAAUCCAAUCAGAGGACUUGACAGCUCUUCAGCUUUGGAGUACUUGCAAUUACUGAAGCACAUGUCCCGGUCCAACGGCAUGGCAAACGUGGUGACUUUGUAUCAGGCUUCAGAAAGCAUGUACCAGAACUGUUUCGAUCGCACCCUGGUCUUGUAUGAAGGCCGAAUGAUCUUCAGUGGGAAGGCACAAGAUGCUAAGUCAUAUUUUGAGGGCCUUGGCUUUUAUUGCCCCCAGCGUCAAACCACUCCAGACUUUCUCACUUCGAUCACUUCGCCAGCAGAAAGAAGAAUCCGAGAUGACUAUCAGGGACCUCGUUACCUUGACCCAGAUUCUCUUGCGGCAGCCUUCCGCGAAAGCUCUCAUUACCUUCAACUCCAAUCUGAUAUUAAAGCUUAUCACGAUCUCUUUGAUGGCUCAUCUACCGAACACGACUUUCACCAAGAUGUUCGCAGCAUUCGAUCCAAGUUUGCUCUCCCGAAUUCCACGGAGCCUGCCACCAUAGCAAAGCAAGUGUGGGUUGGAACAAAGCGAUACUACAAAAUUCUUUGGGGGGAUCGUAACACAUUCUUCACGAUUGUGGCAUUGUGCAUUGUGAACGCAGUGAUUACUGGCUCGGGCUUUUACCAUGCUCCGAAAACUGCUUCUGGCUCUUUUGAGCGGAGUGGUGCUCUAUUCUUUGCGGGCGCGUACUUUUGUCUGAAUGCACUGACAGAAGUAGUCAAGACUGUCAAUGCCCGGUCAAUAUUAUUGAAACAGCACGACUUUGGUUUUAUUCAUCCGGUGGCAUAUGCUGUCAUUCAAACACUUGCAGAUAUUCCAUCUGCCUUGAUUCAGACAACUGUUUUCUCGUGCUGUUACUACUUCAUUAUUGGCUUGAGUCUCUCAGCCUCCCAGUUCUUCAUCUUUGUCUUGAUCUGUUUUAUCCAUUACUCGGCUAUCUCUAGCAUGUUCCGGAUGAUCGGUGCAUGGUCCCCAAGCUUGAAUGUCUCACAUCUCUUGGCUGGGUGUGCUUUACCAGUUGCCUGUCUUUACUCUGGAUAUGCCCCGCCUGUUCCAACAAUGCAUCGCUGGGGUUCAUGGAUUCGGAGAAUAACACCUACUCCAUACGCAAUCGAAGCGUUGAUGGGAAAUGAAUUUUAUAAUAUCGUCCUCCAGUGUACCCCGUCGCAACUCAUUCCGUCUGGGCCCGGAUACAAUGAUCUUAAUCACCAGGCAUGCCCGAUGAGCGGAGCCAAAUCGGGUUCCGCCAAAGUUGCUGGGUCGAUCUACCUACAAGAAACAUAUGAUUUCACCCGGUCUCAUCUUUGGCGCAACUUUGGUAUCAUUCUCGCAAUGUGGUUUCUCUAUAUGGUUCUGACUGCCGUGGGCUUGGUGCUCAUGACACGGGAUUCGAAGGGAGGAGGAGGACCCGUCUUCAAAAGAACCAGAAAGGGAGAACCCGACACGCUGCAGCAGGAAAAUACGAGAAUAGACGACAUUGAGAAGCAAAUGCCGGUCAGUUCAGCCCGGAACUCGCUGACAAUGAGUGAGUCAACGACACGCGACAACAGCGACAGUACCAGUCAAGUCUCGAGGCCGACCGAAGAAAAUAACUUCAACUUCACCUUUAACAAUCUCAACUACUUUGUUGGACCAAGUUCGGAUGAAAAACAGCUUCUGAACAAUGUUUGUGGCUACGUGAAGCCUGGUCAGCUAACUGCCUUGAUGGGUGCCUCUGGCGCCGGAAAGACUACUCUACUGGACAACCUUUCUCAGAGAAAAGCCGAAGGCCGAACUACUGGCGAUAUUUGUGUCAACGGCAGCUCCCCUGGGCCUUCAUUUGCAAGGUCUUGUGGCUUUUGUAUGCAGCAGGAUAUUCAUGAGCCUAACGCCACCGUUCGAGAAGCGUUCCAAUUUUCCGCCAUUCUCCGUCAGGCUUCCGAUGUCCCCAAACAGGAAAAGUUGGACUAUGCCGAGUAUAUCAUUUCCCUGCUUGAGCUUGAACAUCUCGCAGAUGCUUUGAUUGGUACAACGGGUGAUGGUCAAUUGAACGUGGAGGAACGCAAGCGAGUAACGAUUGGCGUCGAGCUGGCUGCGAGACCCUCGGCUCUGUUAUUCCUCGAUGAACCAACCUCUGGUCUCGACAGUCAAGCAGCCUUUUCUAUAGUUAGCUUCCUACGCAAAAUCGCCGCAGAAGGUAUCCCAAUCGUUUGCACCAUUCACCAGCCCUCUGGGGUUCUAUUCGAAAUGUUUGAUCAUGUGUUGCUGCUCGCUCCUGGCGGUCGCACGAUCUAUUUUGGCGAAACAGGCACUCAUGCAUCCACAAUUGGGAGCUACUUUGCCCGACAUGGUGCAGUCAUGGCACCGGAAGAUAAUCCGGCGGAGUUCAUCAUAUCUGCCGUCGCUAAAGGGGACCGAGAUUGGCCGCAAACAUGGAUUGACUCCCCUGAAAGCGCAAUCCUACAAGAGCAGAUUCUCAAGUUAAAUGCUGCAAAGGCCCCUGCUCCAGAUGGGCCAGUCCAAAAAGGGUCCAGACAAUACGCUCUCCCAUUAUACGCGCAAACAAUCAUACUAAUGCACCGACACUGGAGAUCGGUUUGGAGAAGUGGCCAAUACAACUUCGGCAGACUGGCUAAAAGUAUAUUCUUUCAGCUAUUUGUGUCUUUUACAUUUUUUCAUGUCAGUAAUAGCCCUGCCGGACUGCAGAAUCAUAUGCUGGGUAUUCUUCUUUCAACAUGGGUUAUCCCUACGCUGGCUGUUGAUAUCCAAGCCAUUUGGUUUGAAAAGUGGUCUAUAUUCGAAGCCCGUGAACGCAAUGGUAUCUACGACUUCAGAGCACUUCUGACUGCUCUGAUCGCCGUGGAACUUCCGUGGGUCAUUAUCAUCUUUACUCUGAUAUUCUUUUGCACAUAUUGGACAUUUGGCUUCUUCUCUACUCCGAGCAUCGCCGGCUUUGUUUACUUCAUGUAUCUCCUGUUGUCCAUUUUUGGCCUCGGAUUCUCCUAUUUGAUGGCUUCUCUAUUCCACAAUGGAACAAUGGCAGGAUAUGCAAAUUCACUCUUCUGGGUGGUCUUGCUGAUGUUUUCGGGGGCGGCAAAUCCUCGCAGCGCGCUCAACAGCUUCUAUCACCCAUGGUUAUUCUGGGCAGACCCGCUGACAUUCUUUUUCGAGCCAACUGUUUCCACUGUCUUACAUGGCGUGAAUGUUACAUGCGGGUCAUCUGAUUUGGCUGUUUUCAACCCGCCUUCUGGUCAGACAUGUGGUCAAUACUUGAAGGACUAUAUGGAGCGGAACCCAGGUUAUCUCGAAAACCCUGCAGCAACACAGAAUUGUGGUUACUGCAAAUAUAGUCUUGGCGAUGAUUAUGCUAAGACACUCAACUACUAUUAUGCAGAUCGGUGGAGAGAUUGGGCGGUCUUCCUUGGCUUUUGCAUCACCAAUUACAUUCUUGUAUACCUGGUGACGUGGAUACACAGAGUCAAGAUGAGACAGUGGAGGAAAUAA